AUGGUGAGUGGGGCCUCAGCCGAUGGCCUUGAGGCGUACCGACGCGUCGGCCAAUUGGAAGAGCCAUGGUCCGACGCAUCGUUCUUCGCACGCCGAGGAAUGCCCUAUCCCUCCUUUUCCUCUGCCCGAUCGCUGAAGGAGCUGCGGGGUGGACAUUCUGGCGGCGUUCGUGCGUUGGCGUGGAACGCAAAUGGCGACAGCCUUAUUAGUUGCGGACAUGACAGAGUUGUUCGGGCAUGGCAUCCAGAUCGUGGUACAGAUAUCCGUUCCUCGGUCGAGCUCACAGGGCACACUGAUCAAGUAUCUGCCCUAGCAUGCCAUCCCCACCAUCCACACCUUGUAGCCACUGGAAGCCUGGAUCGAACAGUGCGCUUAUGGGAUCUGCGACAACCAUCUCCCGCUCGGAUAGUGACGACGCCAGGUGCGAAUAUUAAUUUGGCGUACAGCCCUGAUGGCCGCUACUUGGCUGUGGGCGAUAAGUCUGAAACGGUAAGCUUGAUUGACGCCGAGCAAGGCACACUACUGCACACGAUCAAAGACGGUAGCAUGGAUCGAGAAGAGAUCAAUGAAUUGGCUUGGUCCCCGGAUGGCUCCCUUCUCCUGCUUCCAAUGGGCAGCGGCGGCAUUAGCUUUUUGCGUGCGCCAGAUACCCCCGAUGCCGUGACAGAGGAGGCGGGAGCACCACGUGAGCACGGCUUUCAUCCUAGCUGGAAGCGUAUCCUUCUACGACCCGCCCACCCAGCGGCUAUUUUCUGUAUUGCCUGGGACCCUAAGUCACGUCUUGUGGCUACAACGGCCGCGGACAGUACCCUGGCCUUGUGGGAUGCCAAAGAUUGGGAUUCUGUGCAUGUAUUUUCUGAAUUUAUUUUCCCACCACGCUGCAUUGAUUUUUCGUGCGAUGGCGAAUGGUUAGCGGCAGGUGGCGAAGACGCGCAUGUGUUCUUGAUUUCUACGGUAUCUCAGCGCAUCGCCCACAAAAUUCCUGUCUCCUCUACAAUCAAUUCUCUUGCAUGGCACCCAUCCAAGCCGUUGCUGGCAUAUAGUGGCACUGAUCCUGCGGCCACAGCUCAAGCCACAGCACGCUCGUCGCCCAUCUGGCUCUAUAGUCUUUCAUAG